AGUUGGCGCCGAUUCUCGCUUUAUAAACCUGAGCCUGAGCUGUCCGUCCCUAUCUCUCUCUCUCUCUCUCAACUCCAAACCCUCUUUAAAACCCUACCUGCGCGCUGCGCCCCCUGGGAUCGUCUUCCUCACCAACAAUUCGACCACACUCGAUUUGGUCUCUCGGCCUCAAUCAUUCUCCGACUCUGCCUAAAGUUGAUAAGUACUGCUGCAGUGGUUACUAAAGGCAUUCUCAAGCUGAAAUCAAAAUGGAAACCAGUGACUGGAGAACUCAACUUUCCACAGAUUUGCGAGGAAAAGUUGUGAGAAAGCUUAUAGAUAUCCUAAGGAAGCGUAGCCCACCUUCUGAAGAUCCUUUAUCCCAACUGAAGAAGAUACAGAGUGUUGCGGUGAAAUUCGAGGAAAAGGUUUAUAUGGACUCCAGUGACCAGAAAGAAUAUAUGAGGAAGGUAACAGUAAAGUUGAUGGCAGCAGAGGGAUCACAUCCAAAUGUCGCUCCUAAAUCGUCACCAAACCCUCCCUGUGUUGGUCUAAAACCCUCAAAUCUAGUUGCUAAUCAAGGCCAGUCAAUUGCUGUUCAAUCCACUGAUCAGUCUCAAGAAUGUGAAGUUCCUGAACAACAUUCAUUGCCUGACGUUCAAAAUAAUAUUGCAUGUGCUGGAGUUUCUGCUAACUUGGCACCUGCACGGACCACUGUCAGUGCUUCGGCUCAGGUUCUCCCGCCAAGUCAGAAUCCGUAUUCGCUGAAGUCAGUAGGAAGUUCAUCAGGGAAAGGGAUACCUUUUAAUGAAUCUGCCAAUAAUUUCAAGCAGGAGCAAGUGAAACAACAUUCAUCCCGCAUUGACACUCAUCCAAAUCCACAUCAUUGUAGGCAGUUCAAGCAGGAAUACAUUGAUCCUCAGCAGAACCAUCAGCAACUAAAUCCAAAUCUUUAUAAGCAGGUCAAGCAGGAACAUGAUGCCCCAUCAUGCAUAACUCAGCAACAGAAAGUACAUCAGCAGCAGCACCAUCAGCAGAAACUCUUGAAACAUACCAUCCAAGCUCCUCUUCUACGACAUUCUGAGUUGCAUGUUUCUCCACCCUCUGAUCAUCGGCAGGAUCAGAUUUCUUCUUUUAAACAGACAUCACAAUCUGUGAUUAAGAAUCAUCAUCAGACAGCCUUUGGGCAAACUAAUCCACAACCCACUCCUGAUAUUCAUCAGAAAGUAUCAUCAACUCCGGAGCACGUAUUUAUGCAAUCACAGAAGCAACCACAUGUGAUUAGGAGUACGUUGACUCCUAAUAAUCCACAACAGAAUCAGUUAAGUGGGCAACCAAAUGGUCUGCGUGACAUGCAGCAGCAACAUCAUAGGUUGCCAUUGCAGCACAAUAAUUUACUACAGGAGUUUAAGGGGCAAAGUAUAAUUCGUUCACGUGCAGACCAUGAGGCCCAAAGAAAAAAUAUCUCUGUACGACAUGGGAGCUCACAAUUGCCUGAAGGUGGUAGCUCAGGCAAGCGUCAAUGCGAGGUUAAAAUGCAGGGGGAAACCAGACAGACUGCUUCAGUUCUAUUGCCAAAGCAAGUGCAAAAAUCACAACCACAGAAUCUUGAAAGGCAACUGAACUCUCAAUCACAGCCAAAGAUGCAAAAUUUGCCAUGUUCCAGGAGUAUGCAAAUAGCUGGACCAGCUUCCACAUUUGGGCAAAGGAUUUCAAACGUAGAUAACUUGCAAGAGGAGCUCUAUGAGAAGGUUGAAAUUUUAAAAAGCAAAUAUUUAGCAGAACUGACACGGGUCGAUCAAAAGAUAGCAUCUCAUUUCCAGAAGCUCCAUUCUAUGCCUCAACACCCAGAAACACAGAAUAUCAAGAAACUUAAAGCAAUAAAGCACAUGCAUUACACUGUCAAAUUUUACAUUAUGAAUCUAAAUGUGCCCAAAAGCAAAAUUACGCCUGCUUGCAAGGAAAAGCUGGCGUUAUUGGAGGAAAAAAUUGUUUCUUUCCUUCAAAUAUUUGAGCAGCGAAAGCCUGCUACCUUGCUCCAGCAUGGAGAACCUUCCAAUGUGCACUCUAUGCCUCAAUCAGUGCAACUUCAUUCUCAGGCUCCUCAAGGUCAAACAUGCCAAGACGAAAAGAAGCUGCAAUCGCAGUCGGUGAACAUACAGUGUUUUGAUACAAGUAUGCAGCACAGCAAUGUGACAAAUGUGGUGAAUGGUUCUGAUUCUCUAUCUGAGCCUCCAAUCCUGCAACAUGACACAGUGCAUUUGCCAUGGAAUUUGACUGAGCAAGAUUCAGAACAAGCAAAUUCUUUGAAGUUAGUAAACCAGGUUCCCUCGGAGUCCUUUAAACUUCCUAAAAGCAGCCCCCAACUACCAAAUGAUAUGCUGUCACAAAAUCCUGCGCUUAGACUAGAGUCGCAUGUGAAUCCUCUUGAGUCAAGCUUCAGUACAUAUCAAGACAUGCACCUGAAGUGGACUAAUGAACAGCCAGAUACUAAAACCCCAAAACAAGAACUUCAAAGGCAAAAGUCACAGCAGCAAUUAGUACAACCAAAGCAGCAAAUACUGCAGCAGCGUCACCGGUCACCAGAGUUGCAGUCUAGGGAUUUAACUCCAAAUUCUUUGCCCAAAAGUCUUAAACCUUCCUCUCAACAAGUUCCUCAACAUUCUUCUGUGAGUGAAAAGAAGAAUCUUCCAAUGCCUCCUAUGAAACCUAAAUCUCCUGUCAUUUCAAGAGGUUCACCCGAGGCGGGAAUUUCUUUGGCUCCCUUUGCUUCAGCACAUAUACCAGGGGAUUCUGAGAAACCUAUGUCUGAAACUUCAUUGGUUUCAAAUGCAGUAAAUAUUGGAGGUCAACAAGCACAGAGUGCACCAGGAGCUAUUCAUUGUUCUUUUGAUGGGUUGAAUGCUGCUGAGCUGCCUGAGCAGCCUAUUCAGAGAUUGAUUAAAAUGGUUAACUCGGCGUCGUGUAAAGCACUAAGUUCUUUUGCUUCAGACAUUGGUUCAGUAGUGUGUAUGACUGAUAGAAUGUCUGGACCAGAUAAUGUUCAGAGAUCUAGAGCUGCAAUUGGUGAUUUGGCAGACAUGACCAAUUUUCAUUUGCAGGAGAGAUACUUUGCCUGGCAGGAAACAACUGUUGGAACAAGGAUAAUGAAGCGGUACAGAAGUAUGCCAAUUAGCUAUGAGGCUUCAGAAAAUAGCAGUAUAAAUGAUGGCUUGUCACAGCUAAGCGAUAUGGAAAAUUUUGACUUAGACUCACCUGCAAUAUCUUAUAGCAAACGGCGUAGGCUUGAGGUGAAUCAUCUCUUUGAAGAAAUUAUCGCCAUCAACCAACAACUAAUAGACACUGUUUUAGAUAUUAGAGAUGGAGAGACUAUUCGAUCAGUAGCCUCAGCUCCAAUUCUUGAUGGUGAAGGAACCAUUGUUAGGUGUUCCUUCAUCGCUGUAGCCGUUGCUUCUAAUCUGAAGUCUGAAUGUGUUCCAGCUCCAAUGCUUGCUAUCCAGCCUCUGCGAUUGCUUGUUCCUGCAAAUUAUCCUCUGUGCUCUCCUAUAUUUAUGGACAAGUUGAAAGUGGAAGUCAGUGAUAAUCAAGAUCUUUCAGCAAAGGUAAAGUCGAAGCUCAAUUUCUCUCUUCGGAACCUGACAGAACCCUUGUCACUUGGGGAGAUAGCAAGGACAUGGGAUGUAUGUGCCCGUGCGGUGAUCUCUGAAUAUGCAGAGCAGAAUGGAGGAGGAAGCUUCAGUUCUAAGUAUGGCACCUGGGAAGACUGCCUCAGUGCUGCAGCUGCUUGAAUCAUUUUCUCUUGAGAAUUUUUAUCUUGUCAAAGUUGAGAAUUGAGAUUGCAUCAUACAGGCUCAUGUAAGCUGAUUGUUUAAAACCUCAGUGAGGAUCUUAUAUAACAUUAAACCUCAUCAGUUGCAUGGUUUGAUAGGAAUUAGUUA